UAUGAUCAGGAUCACUCAACUUUGCCAUACUGGCGACAAGUAUCCAGCUCAAAUUUGCGCUCUGGCAUUCAUCUUAUGCCACCUUGCGAUGCAAUACCACUCGAUUCUUCUACAGCUUUUCCUUCCCGCCCCAGAAGUCUGCCACCUCUGUCAUUGCCACGAAUUGACUCUAACAUUUCUGACAGCUUUUCAAUGGGUCUAGUUGACUGGCUCGCGUGCAAUGCUGGCACUCGACCGAUUGAAAAAUGGAUUAAUCCUGCCAGCAUCGGUCUAAUCUCGGUCGCAUCCUCGGUUAAGCCUAGUAGCAAUGGAAGCAGCUUUUCCGCUGGCCGUCUUCUUGGUCGGUCGUUGGAUCUGCUAGCGCCGAAGGCGGGCUGUAUUGUUCCAGGAGUAGCUAGGUGCCAGACUGGCAUUUUUGGUGCGGCUAUCUGCCCAGUUGAGAUUCCAGAACCCUCCCCAGUUUCAGGAACUGAUGAUCUGGUCUUAAAAGAGAUUCCUGCGGAACCCCGCAUCAUUCGCUACCCUGUGUGGUUUGCUUUCGAUCUUGGCCUCCAGCUCGUUCCCACUGCUUAUACUUUGACCUCUCCGAGAGAUUCCUUGCCAGGAAUCGAAUAUUCAGUGGCGCCGCGUAACUGGUGUAUUCAGGUCUCGAAUGACGCUCGUACUUGGCAAACACUGCGUACUCAUUUGAACGACACCACUUUGAAUGGGUCUAUUGGGGACCAGGCCACAUGGCGCCUACCUUCAGUUCCUUUGCCUCUUUCGCGUCGUAAACCAGCCGUAACAUCUGCAUCUUGUCUUCCUCCAAGUCGAGAUCCUGCUUGUGCUCAAAACCAGCACCAAAAUAUGCCAAGUACUGCAAUACUAUCUGAAUGCACGGUUACUGUGGAGUCAGGCAUGCCAUUAUCUCUUCAGCAGAGCAUUAUUGAACCAGAAGCACCAAUGGCUAUUUCUCGCGCCAAAACUGCUUCAGCAACUUCAGCUGUACAGGCAUCUGUUCCUAUUUUUGCUGUCGUCUCUGAAUGCGACGCUCUCGGUUGCAAUUCUUCGCCAGAAGCUCCAACCCACAUACCAGCACAGUACUCGAAUGAAAAGGAUGCCUCCGGCACGUUUCAAAAUGUCACCGAACUGUCUCAGGCUGCUUGGGAAACGAUUAAGACUUCAAUCAGUGCAACCACAAAGCCAGAAUUCGAAAGGCACCUAACUGAUUCAUUACCUUCAGCUUCUGCAUCUUUUCCAUGUGAUCAGGUUGGUUUCAUCUUAACUUGUUAUCAAUUCUACAUCACCUAA